GGAGGUGCGGGAUUGAGGGGAGGGGGCGGGGCGGGUCCCUCCACGGGGUGGGGGAGGGGCGGGGGCCCAUGUGACCGGCUCAGACCGGUUCUGGAGACAAAAGGGGCCGCAGCGGUCUUAGCGGGACGGGCCGUAGCGGGAGGGAGCGAAGCAUCGCGUCGGCAGUGAGCGAGAUGCAGCACCGAGGCUUCUUCCUUCUAGCCCUUCUUGCCCUCCUGGCGCUCACCUCCGCCGUGGCCAAAAAGAAAGACAAGGUGAAGAAGGGCAGCCUGGGGAGCGAGUGUUCGGAGUGGACCUGGGGGCCCUGCACCCCCAGCAGCAAAGACUGCGGUAUGGGUUUCCGUGAGGGUACCUGUGGAGCCCAGACCCAGCGCAUCCAUUGCAAGGUGCCCUGCAACUGGAAGAAGGAAUUUGGAGCCGACUGCAAGUACAAGUUUGAGAGUUGGGGGGCGUGCGAUGGGAGCACCGGCACCAAAGCCCGCCAAGGGACCCUGAAGAAGGCUCGCUACAAUGCCCAGUGCCAGGAGACCAUCCGCGUGACCAAGCCCUGCACCUCCAAGACCAAGUCGAAGACCAAAGCCAAGAAAGGGAAAGGGAAGGAUUGAGGUCGGCAUGCUGGAGAGCCUGUGGCCUUCCCUGGGUCCGCGGAGGAGCCUUCCUCUCCCACCAGCCCAAAAUAUAGCCCACCAGUGCCUUUCGUCAAUGACGCCUUGCCUCUGCCCUCACAUGCCCACACCAAGUGCCCAAAGUGGGGAGGGAUAAGGGAUUCUGGGAAGCUUGAGCCUCCCCACAGAGGGAUCUGAUUCCCAGCACCCCAUUUUGUUCUCCCCACCCUGAUACCUGUUAUUAAGAAAUGAAUAAAAUGAGCUCACAUUUUUUUCUCCA